AUGACUAUUGCAUCACGGUCUGCUCGUCUCUUGCUGCUGGUUUCGGCAUUGGCAUCACUUGUCUCAACCUCGCCCUUGGGCUCAGUCUAUAUCCAAGACGCGCAGUGCCCUGCUAACUUCAACUCCUGUCCUUCGGGUCUGCCCAAUAACUUUUGCUGUGCCACGGGAACAUCGUGCCUCCCAUUAGCUGGCAACACGACUGCGCUGUGCUGUCCAAACGGCUCGACUUGCGAAAAGAUCCAGCCCAUCACCUGCGAUGUUAGCCAGCAGGACCCGACCAAGAACCAAAACUCGCCCAUCAAGACUAGCAUCUUUGACGUUGCGUUGGAGAAAUGUGGCACCAACCUCUGCUGCCCGUUUGGAUAUUCGUGUUCUUCAGAUAACACCCAGUGUGUGAAGAAUUCUGAUCAGAGCACAUCCCCAGAGAAGGCUUCUUCUACACCUGCUUCUUCUCUGGUUGUUGCGCCAAUUGCUACCACGCCGACGUCGUUCCCAACGGAAGAAUCGACUGUCCCAUCAACCACAUCGGCCCCUGAUGCCUCUCCCACGGCCGACGCAAGCGCAAGCUCCGGAACUCCAGAAUCAACAUCUUCCAAGGCAACAAACCCAAAGACGGUGUCCAUAAUUGGUGGUGUCAUUGGAGGCUGCGCUGUCCUGGCUGUUCUGGGAGCUAUCCUGUUCCUCUUCAUCCGGCGCCGCAACCGCCGCAGCAAGAAUGGCUACUCCGAGAAGACAGGCUUUGGACGGAUUAAGCAUCUCGGCCCCGGUCCUCAAGGCACCAGCAUCAUGGUCUCCGAUCCCAUCCUCCAGCCAAACUCUUACCGCGCCGACUUUAUCCGCAAAAGUCCCUCCAUCAGCUCCUCCAUCAGCCAGAGGCCUCCGCAGAUUGUUCUCAACCACAAUGAUACAUCCCAACGUCUUUCCAUUCCGAAUCCAUUUGACUCUCCCAGCCCAUCGAAUAACUCGCCUACGAGCUCUCGAGACUCUACUAUCUCGGACGACGAACGAAAUGCUCGCACAGGGCAGGUUGAGUCUCGGAACCGGUUAGCUCCUAUAAGAGCCAUGAAAGCUUCCAGCACCCGAGUCUAUCCGCAGAAUGUACCUAGAGAGCCAAGCGGAGAAAACAUCAACAUCUUUGCCGACCCCAUCAUGAUGCAUAGCGAUUAUGAUAGGCGUCAGACGCAUGCCACGACGUUUACGGAUCUCAUGGUCGAGGCGCAACUUGACGACGUACACAGAGGGGAGCCGUACCUCGGUCCUCAUUCAAUGAACAACAGAAUAUGA